AUGUCCGCGUAUGAGCGUGACCGCGAGCACAGGUACGACUACGAACCGCUCUCAUCCACAGGCACUGGCACCGGCGGUGGCGGUAGCGACAACGACGCCUUCAGGCUGCUCCUCCUCGAGCCCUCCGCCGCCCGCGCAGACCAACUCAGGGGAUCCCUACGCAACACCACCCUCGCCAAGUGCGACUACGACCUGAUCGACCCGUACACAGCCCUGUCGUACGUAUGGGGCACAUCAGAACGGGCAUGUCGGAUCCGACUCGUCGACGGCGGCGGCCGUGAGCACCUCUUCGCCAUCACAGCCUCGCUCGACGACGCCCUGCGCGACCUGCGCGACCCCACGCGCGUCAGGAGGGUCUGGGCGGACGCCCUCUGCAUUGAUCAGGAUAAUGUCGACGAGCGCAACGCCCAGGUGAGAUUGAUGGGGCGCAUCUACUCAAUCGCCCACAGCACUGUCAUCCACCUCGGCCACCUCACGCCCGACGUCACUGAAGUAUUUUCCGUACCCCGUGAUUUCGCCCCCGAACCCGGAACGGAUAACGGCGAAAGUACUGCCGUCGCCGCGAAAGGUAGAGGAGAGAGAAGGGGGCCUUGGAGCCUGCUGUCCAAGACAUGGUUCGAGCGCGUCUGGGUCUUUCAGGAGCUGGUCCUGUCGAGAGAUCCCUGGGUCCAAUGCGGCAGUAGACGAAUACGAUGGCGCGAGUUCUGCGCCUACUUCCUAGGUGGUGGCGGCGGCCCAUCCUCGUCGCCGAGGGCGCAGAAGGAUGAAGAGAGGCGGCGCGUCCUGGCAGACAUGAACUCGAGCUGGGCCACCCAGUCGAGGCUCCCUCUUCACCGCGCCGUCAAGGCGCGUAGGGGCCUGGGCGCCACGAACCCGGCCGACUUCGUCUACGCCACGUUCGGCAUCAUCAGUGAUCUUGAUACUGUUGAGCAGUACCUGAAGAUUGACUACAACAUGUCGGUUGGUCGUACGUUUGGCAAAGUUGCCCAGUACAUGUUUUACGAGCUCGGCAUUGAGCAGAUGAUGUUUCACGUAGACGAUGCUCCCGCUUCGAAACGAGUCGACGGGCUUCCUUCCUGGGCGCCCGAUUGGAAUCUCGAGGCUUCUUACACCAAAAGAAAUCCGCUCUGCAUGAUACAGGACAACAGCUUGGACCACAUCAGAGUGAAGAAGGAGGUCCACCAUGCCUUUACCCAGUCUUCGACCAGUGAUCUGCCGCUCGUUUUGGGGCACAUUGGCAUGAAGGUAGACACGAUCAAGCACGUCAGCUGCGUGAUGCCAUCUGGUCUGCAGAGCUCGCACCUGACUGCAGACUACAAUGCCGCGAAAUUAGAGUUGAUGGGCAUAUAUAGAAAUGCGUACGCCUCAGGGGACAAGUUCGGUCAAUAUCGACACGUCCCGCUCAAGGGCAAGGAAGCGGAGCAUGAGCGUCUUUGCCAGGUCGUCGGUACUACGUGGGCCGGAGCACUCGAGAAUUUCCACAAGCAGUCAUUCGUUUACGAUACUCAAUCGAGAGAAGAAGACACUAGCUUUCUCGAAGCCCUCGCGCGUUGGCUGGCCUCGGAAGCGAGCAAGAAGCGCGAAUUUGUGGGCUCGGGUACAAGCGGCGUCAUCAAACGCCUUUACGGCUACUUUGCCCGCACAGGCGGCGACUCCGAUCUUGAGGGCAGACGGUUAGCCUGGACGGGAGACGGCAGAAUGAGUAUCGUGCCGGCGCAGGCUGCGGCUGGGGACGUGAUUGCGUAUCUAGUUGGCAGCAACACGCCCGUUCUGCUUCGUUCAAAGGACGCUGGGGCUUACGGGCCAGAGAUUGAGCGCAUGUUGCUGGAGACCCUAAGGCGGCCUGGCUGUGGCGUUGUCACGAUGACGAACGAGCAGAAGGAGGAGGAGUUGUGGAGGGUUCCUAGGCAAGGUGAGGUCGCGGUUGAGCAUUUCACGGUUGUUGGGGAGGCGUAUCUUGACGGGCAUGUCGGCUGGGCUUUUAAGUAUCUGCCUAAAGAGUCUGAUAUGCGGAUCUUUGCACUACACUGA